CACCUCCAAACCGUCCAGUGGCAAUUCUGUUAUAAACUCAGGUCUGGUGGCUAUUUGGUUAUUAUCAGCGAGUAGGAUUGGGAGAGAGAUUACAUGAUCGCGUGAAAAGGAAACGGCAUUGUUCAUCCGAUCUUGAGAUUGAAGAUGGCAAUCAGAUUCAGAGCUUGAAUCAAAAGGUGCGAUCGGAAUCCGGAGGUGCAGAAUGGUCCGGAAGAACAGUAACUCCGUCGGAGGUCCGUGGCGGCUCGCCGACGAGAUGCACGCGCCGGCGGCCCGGUGCACCGGCAUGGAGGCGGAGUGCCUCCGACGGUUCCAUCGGCAUGAACCCCUGGAGAAUCAGUGCAGCUCUUCCGUCGUCAAUCACAUCAAAGCCCCCGUCCAGCUCGUUUGGUCCUUAGUGAGGCGAUUUGAUCAGCCACAGAGCUACAAGCCGUUUGUGAGCAGGUGCAUCAUGCGGGGGGAUUUUGCAGUAGGGUGUUUGCGAGAAGUGAACGUCAAAUCAGGGCUUCCUGCUACCACCAGCACUGAAAGGCUAGAACAGCUCGAUGACAACGAACACAUCCUGGGCAUCAAGAUUGUUGGGGGUGAUCAUAGGCUUCAGAACUACUCAUCGGUGCUAACUGUGCAUCCUGAGAUUCUUGAUGGUGGACAAGGGACUUUAGUUGUAGAGUCAUUUAUAGUUGAUGUGCCUGAAGGGAACACUAAAGACGAUACUUGUUUUUUUGUCGAGGCUUUGAUCAAAUGCAAUCUCAAGUCUUUGGCUGUGAUAUCAGAACGUUUGGCAGUUCAAGAUCAGACGGAGUACAAUGCGCUCUGAUACAUGAAUGCAUGGAGGUGCAGACUGAGUUCACUUGUAGACUUUGAGAUAGUUGCAGAUUUUGAUAUUAUGUGCUAGAUUUUUUACUUUCAUGUCCAACACUUUACACUAGCCUUCCCUUCAGGAAUAUCUUUGCCUAGUAAGCCAUCAGAACUUUCCCAUUGCAGCCAUCCUAGUCAAAUGUGAAGCAAAGCUCAUGGUUCUUAGGCCAUGGAGUUACGAAGAUAUGAGCAAGUAUUUGAGCUGUACCAUUUCGUGGCAGUAGCAGUUAGCCAAAGUAGAUGGAGGAUGGUAAAGACUUGAUAUUUGUCGCAUAUCAUUAGAACUUUUAUAAUUUUUUUUUUUGAUAUUUCUGUACAUAUUUCACCAUCUUCUCAUUUUUUUAAGAGCCGGGGGAGAGUGUAAUAUGAAGCUAUUGUUGUGUACUUAUAUUAAAUAGCUACAAUAAUUAUGUUUGCAACUUUUGUU